UAAGACUCCGCCCCCGCCCUGUCCCCGCCCCGCACGCGCCUUCCUUAGUUUCCACCCCCGGCCAGGGGUAUCUAUCAGUCUGAGUGUGAACCUUGGCGGCCAUGGAGCUCCCUGGGAGCUUGUGCAAGAAAGUCAAGCUGAGCAACCAAGUACAGAACUGGGGGAUGCAGAGGGCAACCAAUGUCACUUACCAAGCACAUCAUGUCAGCAGGAAUAAACGAGGUCAAGUUGUGGGGACCAGAGGUGGAUUUCGUGGUUGUACAGUUUGGUUAACAGGUUUGUCUGGAGCAGGAAAGACCACAGUGAGCAUGGCACUGGAGGAAUAUUUGGUCUGCCAUGGCAUUCCAUGCUACACUCUUGAUGGCGACAACAUCCGUCAAGGUCUCAAUAAAAAUCUGGGCUUCACUCCAGAAGACAGGGAAGAAAAUGUCCGCCGCAUUGCGGAGGUUGCGAAGCUCUUUGCAGAUGCUGGUCUGGUGUGUAUCACCAGUUUUAUAUCUCCUUAUACCCAGGAUCGUAAUAAUGCAAGGCAAAUUCAUGAAGGGGCAAGUUUACCUUUUUUUGAAGUGUUUGUUGAUGCUCCUCUGCAUGUGUGUGAAGAAAGAGAUGUCAAAGGACUCUACAAAAAGGCUCGAGCAGGAGAAAUUAAAGGCUUCACUGGGAUUGAUUCUGAGUAUGAAAAGCCAGAGGCCCCUGAAUUGGUGCUGAAAACAGAUUCGUGUGAUGUGAAUGAUUGCAUCCAGCAAGUUGUAGAGCUGCUACAAGAAAGGGAUAUUGUGCCUGUAGAUGCCUCUUAUGAAGUCAAGGAGUUGUAUGUUCCAGAAAAUAAACUUGAACUCGCAAAAACAGAUGCAGAAACUUUACCAGCAUUGAAAAUAAAUAAGUUGGACAUGCAGUGGGUGCAGGUUUUGGCAGAAGGCUGGGCGACUCCACUAAAUGGUUUCAUGAGAGAGAGGGAAUACUUGCAGUGCCUUCAUUUUGAUUGCCUGCUGGAUGGGGGAGUAAUUAACUUGUCAGUUCCUAUAGUUCUGUCAGCUACUCAAGAGGAAAGAGAGAGACUGGAUGGCUGUACAGCAUUUGCCCUGAUGUAUGAGGGUCGUCGAGUUGCCAUUCUCCGAAAUCCAGAGUUCUUCGAACACAGAAAAGAGGAACGCUGUGCAAGACAGUGGGGAACAACAUGCAAGGAACACCCAUACAUCAAGAUGGUGAUGGAGCAAGGGGAUUGGCUGGUUGGGGGUGAUCUUCAAGUCCUGGACCGAAUUUAUUGGAAUGACGGCCUUGACCAGUACCGCCUCACUCCUGCUGAAUUAAAACAGAAAUUUAAAGAUAUGAAUGCUGAUGCUGUCUUUGCAUUUCAAUUACGCAACCCAGUGCACAAUGGACAUGCUCUGCUAAUGCAGGAUACUCAUAAGCAGCUUUUGGAAAGGGGAUACCGGCGCCCAGUUCUCCUCCUGCAUCCUCUUGGUGGCUGGACAAAAGAUGAUGAUGUUCCUUUGAUGUGGCGGAUGAAGCAGCACGCUGCAGUGUUGGAAGAGGGAAUCCUGAAUCCUGAAAACACAGUGGUGGCCAUCUUUCCAUCACCCAUGAUGUAUGCUGGACCAACUGAGGUACAGUGGCACUGCAGGUCACGGAUGGUUGCAGGAGCUAAUUUUUACAUUGUUGGAAGGGAUCCUGCUGGCAUGCCUCACCCAGAGACAGGGAAGGAUCUUUAUGAGCCCACCCAUGGGGCCAAAGUAUUGACGAUGGCCCCUGGCUUAAUCACGUUGGAAAUCGUUCCCUUUCGUGUAGCGGCUUACAAUAAGAAAAAGAAACGCAUGGACUAUUAUGACUCUCAACACCAUGAAGACUUUGAAUUCAUUUCGGGAACCCGGAUGCGGAAACUUGCCAGAGAAGGACAGAAGCCUCCUGAAGGUUUCAUGGCACCCAAAGCCUGGACUGUGCUGACUGAGUACUACAAGGCCUUGGAGAGCGUCUAAACCUUAUUAACCCUUUGACACUUGGUUUAUUAACACAGAGGGGACCACACAGCUACUGUUUGCACUGCUUUGUUGUGGUGUUUGGGAGGAGGUUGUUCCUUAAAAACAAACCUUUUUUCUUUAACUUAGCAUCUUUUAUUUGGCCUACCUUGUAGGUUCUAUUAUUUACUGCUGGUUUUAAUGUAUCAUUUCAUUUUAUUAUGGUUAAUCAUCCUGCAUUAGGAUUUAAAAAUCUUGCCUUUUUAUAUCAUAUUUAUGUUUCUUUCCCAUGAUUUUUGCAGCUGUUAUGUUGGUUUUAUUCUUUAGAAAGGAAAUAUUUUCCUUCUCUUUAAAAACAGAACAUCCUCUGUCCCAUGCUCUCUAUCAAAACAAUAGAGAUGGCUUGAUCUUGCUUUUGUACUGUAAGUGAGCUGCGAGACAUUUGUAGCAAUUAUAGAUUUUACUACUCUGAAAUAUAAUCAGACUCUUUAUUUCCAAUCAUUUAUUAAGCCCCAAACCAUUGUGAUCUAAAGCUUUCUUAUUAUGUAUGUAAAUCCAGAAUUGACUGACUUUAUGCAACAGAAUUAAACUUUUGGCUUCUUAUUUAUGA